UGUAAAUACGAAUCUUGUUUAGGUCGUCGUUUCUCAUAAUAACUUGCAGUUCAUUCAUGUCCGCGAAUGCUUGCAAUAUAUUGUUUAUAUUUUAAGUAAACGUGGAUGUUGUUAAAUGCUUUUGAUAUGUACAGACUGGAAUAACUGUCCUUAAGGCUUUCAUUUGAACAUGCCUCCAUUACGCUGAUUUGUAUCAUCUUAAUAUUGUUGCCGUCGAUGCUGUCAUAAGGUUUUUAUCCAAUAUGGAUCGAGGGAAGAGUAUGACAGGACGGGGUGGCAAGAGCAAAACACCACACUACCCUGCGGACUUAUUUGCUCUGGGCUCCAAAGGUCCUUCAAGGGUCGAUGCUGGAGAGCCGAAAAGACCUACACCACCACAUUCAAAACCAGUGCCGAGCCAUGGCAUACCUGGCCCACCAGAUAGAAAACGGGAGGCCCCUCCUUCAGGAAUGUCCUCGAUGAUGAUGGCAAAGAAGCCAAAAGUUACUCCAAGUGUAGGGGCUAUUCUUAGUAGAGGCGUAGCAGGCCCUACCUCUUCAGUAUCUGCACCUCCAUCUUCUGGCGCAGACACAUGGGAAACUGUCGCAAUUGAUACAGAACCCUCAGGACUUGUUGUUGAAGUUUUAAAGGCCAAUGAUACAGGAGAGACAGAUAAAGUGGUUGGCCAGAUAUGCGGCGCUCUUAGAGCUAUCAAAAUGCUGAGAGGAAAACUUGAUCCAUGCCUCUAUCUCAGUUUACUGUACCUUGGGAAAAUUCGUCCAUCUUUGAUGGCAAUUGAACCAGUGCCACAAGCUUUAUGCUCUCUGCUAAGGAGGGACAUUACUUUAGGUAUUAAAAGUAACAAAAGUAAUCCUGUGGUUCCUAUUUUAGUCACAGGCUUGCUAAUGAGAGCCUUUAAUGAACGUAAACAUUGGCCUGAUUCAUUUGUGAGGCUAUAUGUUGAAGAUGCCAUUAAUGAACGCGUAUGGGUUGACAUGGAAGAAUGCAAAGGAUUUGUUGAAAAUGUGGCAACUGCAUUCAAUACAAAACAUCCCACAAAAUCACAACUGCCUCCUGAUUUGGGGCUUGUACCACCUAGUGUGGCUGGGCUAAGUAGCACCUGCUCAUCACCCUCUUCAGCUAUUGGCGAUGAUGACAGUGGUUUGGAGGGUCUGAAAGAAGAACUUGGUCUGUGCAUCACAGACAGCAAACAUGAGUUUCCUGUAAUGCCAAGAUACAAUGGCUCUCAUGAUAUUAUUGAACCAAUUGUGACUGAAGCUAUCAAGGAGCAGUUACUUCGACGUCAAGCCCCUGAAAACACCACAAGAAACUUUUUGAAAAUGUUAUCUGCAACAUGUGGCCUUGUGGAAGUUAGACUUACUGCCGCUCAACGACUUGAAACAUGGCUUCAAAAUCCAAAGCUUACUAGACCUGCGCAGGAAUUACUUAUGUACAUUUGUGUUAAUUGUAGUAGUCAUACCCAGCGUGAUAUAGAAGUAAUGAUCAACAUCAUAAAGAUAAGGUUGAAAACUAAAGCCCUCAUGAACUUCUACUUAUCGAGUAUAAAAGAACUUGUUAAUGCUCAUUCAGAAAAUUUAAGCACUCUCAUGAAACAUACUGUCUACAAUGAACUAUCCAAUGCUCGAAAUUCUAACAAUAUGGCUGUGAUCACUAUCAUGUUUCAAAUAUCUGCUGAGAAUGCUCCUAUCUUACUGGCUCAUGUUCUUCAAGAAAUUCUUAUGAAUAGAGAAGAUUUCCAUCGGCCCCUGAGAGCUUUCCUUCGUGAACUUGUUAUUCGAAAUUUGAGACACGAUCUUGAUGUAAAUUCCUUUUGUCGUGCGUUGAUGUCAGAUGCACCAGAACACAAAGCUGCUUUUCGAGACUUUGAUUUUAAAGAUCGAAUGUAUGUAAACAUAGUAGACCUUGUAUGUUUAUCUGUUUUCCUUGCAAUUUCACCUGCAGUCAAAGAGGCUGCCAGCCACAUAGCCAAAGGAGAUAAGAAAGACAUUGGAGUAUAUCAGAACUUCCAAAAUACAGUGGCAAAAAUUCAGCAAGAUUCUAUGUGGUGGCAUCAUGAAAUCGCUCUGCGCUUGUACCGACCGAGUCAAGCUGAAUAUGUCUAUGGUAUUCACAAGGUCAUGUUCAUGGGACAAGCAGACACCUAUUACAAGAUAGAUAAUUGGCCCCAAGAAGUUGAUCGUAUGAGUAUGUUGCGUUUAGCUUCUGAAAUUCCACUGCUGCAGCACACAUUGAUGCGAAUUCUUCUGAUUGGACUUUCAAAGGAUCAUCCAAUGAAUGCUCCUGAAACCAUGGAGCUUUCAGAUCAGCUGUUGAAGAGGGCCUCAGGCCUUAGCUCAGAGGGAAGCAACAUGCUGGAGGCUAAUAAGGUUGAAAUAAUUGACCUAAUUUUUAAUUUAAGUGCAUACCAUCAUCCUGAAAACAUCAUUUUGCCAAAAGGGUAUACACCUCCCCAAUUAGCUAUAUCAAACUCUUAUUGGAAAGCAUGGAUCAUGUUGCUUCUUCUUGCUACCCACAACCCAACAAGUUUUGGAAAGGUAGCAUGGGAGAAGUACCCCACUCUCAGGGCCUUUAUGGAAAUGUGUAUUACCAACCAUUUUGUAUACCCUCCGCCAUCACUUGGAGAGCAUGGGGAUGAAUUGAGAUCCAGGGAAUUUCAGUUGGCUCAGCUAGAAAAACAGCAAAUUUUGGAAUUUGAAUCCCAUCUUGCAGCGCAGUCAACCAAAGUUGCCAUAACUGAGCAUACAAGUCUUCUUCUAUCUCAAUUGAUAACAAUGGAUCCGUCCGGAGCACCUCGUCGUCCGCCUCAAGCAGUCCUAGAUCAGCUACGGACUCUGAACGAAUCUCAUCGCAUGGGCCACAGACUGUGCAGAUGCCGCAACCCAGAUUUCCUUGUUGAUAUUAUCCAGAGACAGGGAGCUUCUCACUCCAUGCCAUGGCUAGCAGAUCUGGUUGAGAGUUCAGAAGGUGCUCUGAGUCACCUUCCGGUACAGUGUCUCUGUGAAUUUCUACUGAGCUCUACAGUUGAUAAGCAACACAAGCAGCAGCAGCUUGUCAGUCAUUUAAGAUCAGUUCUAAUGGAUGCCAACCAAGACCCCAGCGCACCUUGCGAAGUUCUGGAGUACUUCUUACGUCGCCUCCACUCCACUCAAUCUGCCAGUCGUCUGCAGGCAAUCAAGGGAUUGCAACUAGUGAUGUCUCAUCUAGAAGAUGAAGCACUGGUUAUGGAUGUUGAUGGCAUUGACCGCGAACAUUCUUGGCUGCUGCGCCAUUUGCCUCAAAUACCUCACUUUGAACUGGCAAAACCACAAGUUGUUCAAGCACUGCGCGCAGCAUGUCAAGUGGAAAAUGAAACAAUUCUUGUUGGGGCUUACAUCAAUUUUCUGUCUCAGCAUGCAAUAGUUGACAGUUUACCUGCAAUGACUGACCUUGUACUAGAUAUGGCCACUUUGAUUGUCGAGAGGUGUACUAUAAUGUCUGCUCUGGUGCCAUUCAAAGGCUCACAAAAUAAUGAAACCUUGAUGUUCUUAAUGAAAAUAUUCCAUAGCUAUUUAAUCAAGGCUCGGGAGCCUCGAAAGGAACAUCCCACAUGGGCUGAGAAUCAAGAUAUUUUAGUUACAUGGAGCAAAGGUGUGGAAUCAACCAUGCACAUCCUUGUAGUUCAUGCUAUGGUGAUCUUACUAUCAUAUGGGCCCUGUAGUGACAGAACUAUCUUUGAUGAGCUCUUGGAGGCUUGGUUUCCCAAAAGUGGGCAGUUGCCCAAAGGUUACCUCAUUGACACUUCAGAAGAAGCCCUUCUUUAUCCAGACUGGUUGAAGUUGCGGAUGAUCCGCUCAGAAGUUGAAGUGCUGGUUGAAGCUGCUCUUGCUGACCUGGAGCCAAGAGACCUGGUCCUCUUCAUUCAGUCAUUUGGAAUUCCAGUGGAAUCAAUGAGCAGGCUUCUGGCUGCUCUGGACCAAAGUGUUUUGCUUAAUGAUGUUGCUGUUGCCAAUGCAGUCAUUGACAAAGUGUACAUGGCUCAACUUGUCGCUGUACAGUGGCAACGGGGAGCGACCAAUGGUAACAUGUUUGUACAAGAUCUUCAGUUGCACGAGCCUGUGCUGCCGGUUGCCUUGGAGCCGCCUGCUAAAAGUCAUCGGAACAUCUUCCCCAUUGGUACACCAGUUGCUGCUGGACGGCAGCUUUUACAACCUCAGGAAGUUCGCCUUUGCCUAGAUGACGUAUUUCUAGCCCAAAAUGAACAAUCAGUAAAAACAGCAUCUUGUAAAUCAUUGCAGUUGAGUCUGGCUGUUGAACUUGAGCAAUGCCCAGCAGAUAGCAGAAUUCUAUUAGCUAUAGCUGAGUAUUUUGCCACUACAUUAUCAAGCACUGUAGGCGGAUAUUGGAUUUCAUCCCUGUUUUCGUCUCCUCACAUGUCAUGUCCUUUAUUUCGACUCAUACUCGCUAACCAGAAUGUGGACAAAUAUCCUCCUGCUGCCCUGCAGCAGUUCCUACAGUCUGCCAAAGCAAUACUCCAAAUUGACUUACCUGUCAAAUCUCCUCUAACAGCAAUAUUAAAAACAUUUGUUCAGAAAUAUGAUGGUAAAGAUCAUGAAAUGGCUGACCUCACUAAUGGCAGAAGACCCUCUGUCAAACCUGACAGCAGAGUGGCAAGUGUUCAAUCUGUAACGAGCGCUCUCCUCACAAAAUCUCCAUCGGAUUCUUUGAACACUGGGCGUCUUAUUGACAAGCUGGUCUCAAUGGAACCAGAGCUUAUUGGAUCAUGUCACAAACUUCAGAUGCAGCUCCUUUUUGGUUGUUCAACAACUACCAUGUCAUGUCGCCCCUACUUGCUGACUCUCCUUAUUCACAGGGCUAGUUGGGCUACUUUGCAUACAGUUGUUAAGCACCUUUUAUCAUCCACUGAGCCAGAGUAUGAGCCAAUUGCUGUCCUGGAUUUCUUAUGGGCUCUUACUAGCAACCCAAAACUCUGGCAGGGAAGAGAAAAGAACACACCAAAGCAUUAUGUGCCUGAGAAUGUACUUUGUCUCUCCGUUCCUCAGCUUCAAAGUGUAGUGUCCUAUAUAAUAGAAGAAGCUGCUCAAGACAAUGGCAAAUCUCUUGAGUCUCGCUUGCCAUUGCUGCUUCUUUGUACUGAGGAAAAUGUUGAGCUUGUGGCUCACAUUGUCAAACAUUUACUUAAUAUUGCAACAAAUGAUGCGAACAAAGGUCUCAAAGCAGAUGUGGCCCAUAAGUUUCUACUGAGGUUGUAUUUUAGAAUACCUGGUCUGAUCAAAUAUUUGGUGGAUUCUGAAGCAGACAAGUUCCUGGAGAAAGCUUCAACUACAGAUAAUGGAUCAAGUGUGCUGGAUCGAAUGUCUCACCUGUUGUUCACUGCACUUGCUGCUACUCCCAUGUCAAAAGAAUCUCCUCGUAGAUCUCAAGAAUUUGAGCUUGCUACUCGUAAAAUGGCUUCUGUUCAUCCAGCUCUUGUUCUGAGACAGCUGCCAAUGGUUGCCUCAUCCCUACGAGGGCGUACCCAUUUAGACUAUGGAGUUUUUAGAAAUCGCAGUCAUUUGGCAUAUUUCCAACAUAUUCUGGGUAUCCUGGAGCUUCUAAAGCCGUACCUUUUCCAUCGCAAACAUGCUGCAGCUCUGCAUUCAACGUUGGACUCCUAUUUCUCUCUUUUUAGGAAUUAUGGAAUGACAAAGGACAUUUGUCAAAUCUUAAAUCGAAUCAUAUCGUUGAUGCUUGCAUACGUUUCACACGAUGCAUCUCCAGCUGUCAAGUAUCUACACACUCAUGCUAAUCUCUUAAGAGAACUUCAACACCGUCAACCACAGCUCAGCAGUUUGUGUGUGCUCAUGUCAGGUGUUUCAAUGCCUCGUGAAUCCACAGAGGAGUCUGACAGGGAAGGAGAGGAGAAGGAUACAGAGGGAGGUGAAGUGUUGGUGGCGGUGGCAGCACCCCCUGUUCAGCAGGAAGUGGACUGGAGGCCUUUGCUACAAAGAUUAGAGCAGGCUGAGGGAGAAGAAGUCAACGUAGCCUUGCAGGAUGUUGAAAAUGCAUCUUACCGCAUGCCUGGAAUGCUCAGAAAUUUCGUCGAGCCAAUAGGGUCAUUGUUGUUGUCCCCCUCAAGUUCUAUUAGGAGUAUAUCGCAUACCCUUCUUGCGAGGUAUUGGAAACACGACCCAUCGGCUGCUGCAGGCGGUGCAGCUCUCCGAAUUAUCUCCAAGUGUUUGGACAGCAACCAGCCAGAAGUGGUGGCCACAGCCUUAGAUCGGUUGCCUGACGUUGUUCUUUCAGUUCAAGAGGAUGCGGUCCCCUUACUUCAAAAAGUUUUUGCACUAGGUAUGUGUUCGAACAUCAACACAAUGCAACAAUUGUCUAAGGCACUUGCCCUUUUAAAUAUUCAGUCAGGGUCAUAGAAUGGUGUUAAGGCCAAUUCUUAAUGUUAAAUGUCCAAUUUUAUGAUUGUGAAAGAUUGUAAUUAUGUAUUUUUAUAAACAAAGUGGCAUUCUUAUGUUGAUUAGCAAAUUGAGCGCUUUUGUGAUUUCAAUAAUUCCUGUAGAUUUGACGAAAUGAAGUCAUAUCUUUAGCUGUUUUUAAUUAAGAACUUUAUUUGUUAUUCUAUGAUCCACAAUCUCUCAAUUGUGCCCCAAAUUAGAAAAUUCAGUUCCCUGUACAUAAAACCAUAGAACUUUUUUAUUAUUAUAAAAUAAAUGUGCUAAAGCUAUGGGAUCUGUAUGUACAAUACUUGUAUAUAAUCGAGGACUUUAAAAAAAAAAUGUGAUUCAUUUUCUUUCUUUUAAUGUUGAAGAAAAUCAACAAAAAAAAAUCGCGAGAGGAGUUUAAAUACAAAGUACGUAGUGAUUUCUUA